AUGAAUUUUCAAAAUUUUCUUUGGAGGGCUCACUUUUUGCUUACCAGUUGGAGAAAUGUUGGGAAAAUGUUUUCUCGAAAUUUUCGAGUAACAAAAUUAAAUAAGAAAAAAGUCCAAUUGAAUAGAAGGUUCUCGAAUUCUAUUUCAAAGAUUCAAAUUAAUAGUAUAAUACCAGUGAAAAAAGUGAAAUAUUUUCAGAAUUCAUUUUCCGUAAACGAAAAACAACAAUCAAUAAUCGAGAGCUCUCAAGAAAAUAAUGAUGUAUUAAGUGAAAUCGAGCCGAUUAAAGAUGAAUUAAAUAUAUUUAUAACAACGAAUCAAUAUUUACUUGAAUAUGUACAUAAUAUUAUGGGAGUCCCUUGGUGGGCAACUAUUGUAAUAUCAACAAUAAUUCUUCGAUCAAUAUUUACUCUUCCGAUAUCAAUUUGGCAACAAAAAAAUGUUGCACGUUUGUUGAAUGUCCAACCAAAGAUAACUGAAUCAUUCGAACAGUUGAAACAUCAAGUAGCAAGAAGAAUGCGUAGUCAAGGGCGUUCAUAUGAAGAAUUUCAGGCCGAAUUACAAAAAAAGUUUGACAUAAAGAUCAAGCAAAUACAUCGCGAAAUUAAGUGGCACCCAGCGAAAAAUUUUAUGCUUCCAUGGUUUCAAAUUCCACUUUUUAUUUGCAUGUCUAUAACUUUACAUUAUAUAGAAGAUGAAAAUGAUUUUAGAAAUGGUGGCAUUCUUUGGUUUACCGAUUUAACAGCAGUGGACCCGACUUGGUUUUUUCCUGUGGCCGUUGGAGCGACCAACUUAUUAAAUGUCGAAAUCCAUAAAUCGAAAAAAAAUAGCAUCGCAAAAAAGAUCAUAACAAAUGUUUUUCGAGGAUUAUCAAUACUAAUGAUUCCAGUCGCUAUAAAGACUCCAUUGGUUGAAAAUAUGGCUUCUCUUAUUAAGAAUAUUCAUCUUCAAAAAGUUUUUACUAACGUAGUUCGUCAAGAAACGCGUUUAUUUUCUAGUCUUCAAUCCCCAGAACUUAAAACGCAAUACUUAAGGGCAAGAGGCCAAAAGUUAAAUUUUACUCAAAAAAAACGUGCUUACGAUACUCAGGUUAAUGGAGAAGGUGCAAGUGAAUCAGGAAGUGAAAACGCGUUACUUGCCUCCCCAAUUAAAGAACAACCCCCAGCUUCUACCGGCUUUGAACCCAUGGUAGAUUUUCCUACAAAUAAUCUCAAAGAUGAUAUUAAACCAGAUCAUCAAUCACAUCAAACUACAGAAAUAGCCACAAGGAUUUCAGCCGAACUUGACUGGUCAAAAUCCACUUUUGGAUUAUCUUCUCAAGCAUUUCCUAAAGAAGUUUGUGAUACUCUUCUUUCUCCAAUAAAUCAUGAAGAUAUUGAAUGUAAACCAGAUGGAUUGUUAUAUUUACCCGAAAUAAAAUAUCGUCGCAUCUUGAAUAGAGCAUUUGGACCUGGAGGAUGGGGUCUUGCACCACGCGGAGAAGCAGCAGUCAAUGCAAAAAAUAUAUCGAGAGAAUAUUGUCUUGUUAUCGCACGUGGUGAACAAGAUUAUUUUGAUGCUACUGGUUUACCAACUGCCGCGGAAGGUGCUAAAAGUAAUGCAUUAAUGAGAUGUUGCAAAGAUUUGGGGAUCGCUUCUGAAUUAUGGGAUCCCGUCUUUAUACGAGAAUUUAAAAAACGAUAUUGUGAAGAAGUAAAUGUAGAAUAUAUACCACAAAAAAAGAGAAAGAAGAUUUGGAAAAAGAAAGACAUUGAGAUUGAUUAUCCAUACAGAUUGAUGACCUACUAG